UCUCACCUUCACUUCACAAACCACAUGCACUGAGUUGUUGAAAGUCAACGUGUGAAUAUAUGUAUAUAUAUUCUCAAGACAGGGUUUCUCUGUGUCAUCCUAUCUGUCUUGGAACUCACUCUGUAGACCAUGUUGGCCUCAAACACACAAAGAUCUGCCUCUGCCUCCCAAGUGCUGAAAUUAAAAUUGUGAGCCACCACUGCCUGGCUGUGAAAGUCAUAUAUGAUAAAAACGCUGGCAGAGUCACUGAAAACGUUAGCUUUCUACUUCAUUAUUGUUUCUGUGUCUGUGUUAAAACCUAAUGCAAAUGCCUACUUGCAUGGAACUAUUUUAUUAUUUUUGUCUUCUCUGUUUAGCUGUCUCUUUCUCCAAAACCUGAAGUCCUCUGCAGAAGUGAUUCCUGACCUUCAGAGCCACGGCGCACUUCCAGAGGCCACGGACACCACAGGUGAAAGCAAUCAUGAGGAUCCAGUGGCCGUUCACUCUACGGUGGCCGACCUGGCUCAGAGUGCAGCCCAGUGGUUUCAAGAGGCAAAGAGUCUGAGUGAGCAGCUGAGAGGAGCCUACACCAAGGCCACUUUCCGCCACAUCAAUCUGCCAGAGGUGUGUUCCGGCCUCGGCACUGACCACUUGCUUGGUUGUGACCUGUCCAUGGUUUCAAAGCACAUCAGCAGGCCAGUGCAAGAGGCCUUGAUGCUUCCCGAGGUCCUCAGCAAUCUCAGCUCCGUCAUGUGUGUGGAGGGGGAAACUGGCAGUGGGAAGACAACCUUCCUGAAGAAAACAGCUUUUCUCUGGGCAUCAGGAUGCUGUCCCCUGCUGAACAGGUUCCAGCUGGUCUUCUACAUCUCCCUUGGUUCCACCAGACCAGACCAGGGGCUGGCUGACAUUAUCUGUGCCCAACUCCUAGAGGCAGGAGGAUGCAUUAGUGAUGUGGGCCUGAGCAGCAUCAUCCAGCAGUUAAAGCACCAGGUUCUGUUCCUGUUGGAUGACUAUCAUGGGAUGGACUCACUGCCCCAAGCCAUAAAAACCCUGAUUACAAGAAACUACUUGACCCAAACCUGCUUAUUGAUCACUGUCCAUACAAACAGGGCCAGGAACAUCCGCCCAUACCUGGAUACAAUUCUAGAGAUCAAAGAGUUUCCCCUCUAUAACACUAUCUCUGUAUUACGGAAGUUAUUCUUCCACAAUAUUUCACAUCUGCAAGAGUUUAUGAUUUACUUUGGAAAGAAUGUAGAUUUACAGGGAAUUAACAAAACUCCUCUCUUUGUGGCAGCAGUCUGUGCUGACUGGUUUCAAAAUCCUUCUAACCAGUCCUUUCAUGAUGUGGCAGCUUUCAAGGCCUAUAUGAAAUACCUUUCCUUAAAACACAAGGCUACACCUGAGCCUCUCAAGGCCACUGUGUCCUCAUGUGGCCAGCUGGCUUUGAGAGGUCUUUUUUCAUCUUGCUUUGAGUUCAGUAGUGAUGACCUCACAGAAGCAGGCGUUGAUGAAGAUGAAGAUCUGACCACCUGCUUGAUGAGCAAAUUCUCUGCCCAGAGACUAAGACCUGUCUAUCGGUUCUUAACUCCUUUGUUCCAAGAAUUUCUUGCUGCCAUGAGGCUGACUGAGCUCCUGGGUUCAGAAAGGCAGGAAGACCAUAAUCUGGGACUUGGUUAUUUGAGACAAAUUAACUCACCCUUGAAGGCUGUGGGUACCUACAGCAAUUUUUUGAAGUAUGUCUGUAGUCAUCCUUCAUCAAAGGCAGGGCCAAAAAUUGUAUCUCAUUUACUUCAGUUGGUGCAUGAUAAAGAAUUGCUGAAGAACAUGUCGGAUAAUGAGGAUUAUGUGAAGCUCCAUCUAGAAACAUCUCCGGUGAUGCAGUUAAUUAAGGGAUUGUGGCAGCUAUCUCCUGAAGCUUUCUCUUCAUUCGUUUCAGAACAUCUAUUGAGCAUUGCUCUAAACUUUGCUUAUGAAAGCAACACAGUGGCUGUAUGUUCUCCAUUUAUUUUGCAAUUCCUUCGAGGGAGAACACUGGCUUUGAAAGUACUGAAUUCACAGUACUUUGGGGACCACCCAGAAAGUCUGCAACUGUUGAAGAGUGUAAAAGUCUCCAUAAAUGGAAAUAAAAUGCAACCAAGAGUACAUUACUCAGUCAUGGAAAAAUGUUUUGAAACAUUACAGCGACCAACCAUCGAUGAGGACUAUGCAUCUGCCUUUGAACAUAUGAAGGAAUGGGAGAACAAUUUGGCUGAAAAUGAAGAUAACGUGAGAAAUUUUAUGAAUAACCGACUCCAGCAUCCACCCAACAUCAGUGCUGGCUACUGGAAACUGUCUCCCAAGCCGUACAAGAUCCCUAGGCUGGAAGUUAGAGUGGCCAGCAUGGGUCCAGCAGACCAAGCACUGCUCGAGGUCCUAAUGGAAAUCUUCUCAGCAUCACAGAAUAUCGAACUCCAUUUGAACCACAGCAGUGGCUUUCUUGAAAGCAUCCGCCCAGCUCUGGAGCUGAAUAAGACCUCUGUCACCAAGUGCUCCAUGUGCAGACUGGAGCUCAGCACAGCAGAACAGGAGCUGCUUCUCGGCCUGCCUGCCCUGCAGUCUCUUGAGGUCUCAGGGACAAACCAGUUACCAGAUCAACUCUUCGCUAACUUGGACAAGUUCUCAAGCCUGAAAGAAUUGUCUGUGGGACUAGAUGGCAUUCCAGAUGUGCUUUCAGUCAUCCCUGGAGAUUUCCCAAACCUCCACCACAUGGAGAAGUUAUCCAUCCAAACUUCCACAGAGUCUGACCUCUCCAAACUGGUCAAAUUCAUCCAGAGCUCUCCAAAUCUUCACGUUUUCCACCUGAAAUGUGAUUUCUUUUCGAAUUGUGAGUUUCUCAUGACUGUGCUUGCUUCCUGCAAGAAACUCAGAGAGAUUGAGUUUUCUGGACGAUGCUUUGAAGCCAUGCCAUUUGUCACCACUUUGCCAAAUUUUGUUUCUCUGGAGAUAUUGAAACUUGAACAACAACAGUUUCCAGAUAAGGAAACAUCAGAAAAGUUUGCCCAGGCUCUGGGUUCUCUCAGGAACCUGGAGGAACUGCUCCUUCCCACUGGGGACGGGAUUCACCACGUGGCCAAACUGAUUGUCCGGCAAUGUCUGCAGCUUCGGUGUCUCCGAGUUCUUGCCUUUAAGGAGACUUUGGAUGACGACAGUGUGAUGGAAAUCGCCAAGGGAGCAACCAGUGGAGGUUUCCAGAAACUUGAGAACUUAGAUCUUUCAUUGAAUCACAAGAUUACAGAGGAAGGGUACAGACAUUUCUUUCAAGCCCUGGACAACCUGCCAAACUUGCAAAUGCUCAACAUUUCCAGGCAUCUCCCAGAAUCCAUCCAAGUUCAGGCCACCACUGUCAAGGCUCUGGGUCAGUGUGUGUCCCGACUGCCCUGCCUCACCAUUCUUGAGAUGUUCAGUUGGCUCCUGGAUGAAGAGGACAUGAAAGUGAUUAAUGCUGUGAAGGAGAGACACCCUCAGUCCAAACGCUUGACUGUCUUCUGGAAAUGGAUACUGCCCUUCUCUCCUGUCAUUCAGAAGUGAAGCAUGCAGCCGAGGGCUACUGGCAGUUCUAAAUACCUAAUUGUACUUAGUUGUUUUUGCUCUUUGGGGGAGGGGACCAACACUCAGCUCCCAAAUAAGUCACACACAGAGGUUUAUUCUUAAUUAUACAUACCCAGCCUUAGCUUGGCUUGUUUCCUGCCAGCUU